UGGGUGAGUGACAGCCCAGCCUACUUUUUAAUGGCUUUGUCAUGUGACUGGGGCUGUAGUAAGACAGGUGCCUUCAGUUCACUCUCAGUAAGGGGCUGGUCGCCUGCAUGAGUGUGUGCGCUCUGUGGAUUGGAGCUGAAAAGGCUUGACUGGCGUCAUUCAGGAGCUGGGAGCUGGAUGGCGUGGGACAUGUGUAGCCAGGACUGUGUUUGGAGUGAUAUCGAGUGUGCUGCUCUGGUGGGUGAAGACCAGCCUCUUUGCCCAGAUCUUCCUGAACUUGAUCUUUCUGAACUGGAUGUGAAUGACUUGGAUACAGACAGCUUCUUGGGUGGGCUCAAGUGGUGCAGCGACCAAUCUGAAAUCAUAUCGAACCAGUACAACAAUGAGCCUUCAAACAUAUUUGAGAAGAUAGAUGAAGAGAAUGAGGCGAACUUGCUUGCGGUCCUUACGGAAACACUGGACAGUCUCCCUGUGGAUGAAGACGGAUUGCCUUCAUUUGAUGCACUGACAGAUGGAGACGUGACCACUGACCACGAAGCCAGUCCUUGCUCCAUGCCUGACGGCACCCCUCCACCUCAGGAGGCAGAAGAGCCGUCUCUACUUAAGAAGCUCUUACUGGCACCAGCCAAUACUCAGCUGAGUUAUAAUGAAUGCAGUGGUCUCAUCACCCAGAACCAUGCAAAUCAUAAUCCCAGGAUCAGAACAAACCCUGCCAUUGUUAAGACCGAGAAUUCAUGGAGCAAUAAAGCGAAGAGCAUUUGUCAACAGCAAAAGCCACAGAGACGUCCCUGCUCAGAACUUCUCAAGUAUCUGACCACAAAUGAUGACCCUCCGCAUACCAAACCCACAGAAAACAGGAACAGCAGCAGAGACAAAUGCACCUCCAAAAAGAAGCCUCACACACAGACACAGUCGCAACAUGUACAAGCCAAACCAACAACUUUAUCUCUUCCUCUGACCCCAGAGUCACCAAAUGACCCCAAGAGUUCCCCAUUUGAGAACAAGACUAUUGAACGAACCUUAAGUGUGGAACUCUCUGGAACUGCAGGCCUAACUCCACCCACCACUCCUCCUCACAAAGCCAACCAAGAUAGCCCUUUCAGGGCUUCUCCCAAGCUGAAGUCCUCUUGCAAGACUGUGGUGCCACCGCCAUCCAAGAAACCCCGGUACAGUGAGUCUUCUGCGACCCAAGGCAAUCACUCCACCAAGAAGGGGCCAGAGCAAUCGGAGCUGUAUGCCCAGCUCAGUAAGUCCUCGGCGCUUGGCAGUGGAUACGAGGAAAGGAAGCACAAACGGCCCAGCCUACGGCUGUUUGGUGACCAUGACUAUUGUCAGUCGAUUAAUUCCAAAACGGAAAUACUCAUCAAUAUAUCACAGGAGCUCCAAGACUCCAGACAACUAGCCUACAAAGAUGCCUCCUCUGACUGGCAGAGGCACAUUUGUUCUUCCACAGAUUCAGACCAGUGCUACCUGAGAGAGACUUUGCAGGCCAGCAAGCAGGUCUCGCCCUGCAGUACCAGAAAACAGCUCCAAGACCAGGAGAUUAGGGCCGAGCUGAACAAGCAUUUCGGCCAUCCCAGUCAAGCUGUUUUUGACGACGAAGCAGACAAGACCAGUGAACUGAGGGACAGUGACUUCAGUAACGAACAAUUCUCCAAACUACCUAUGUUUAUCAAUUCAGGACUAGCCAUGGACGGCCUGUUUGAUGACAGUGAAGAUGAAAGUGAUAAACUGAGCUACCCUUGGGAUGGCACACGAUCCUACUCGUUGUUCGACGUGUCGCCUUCUUGCUCUUCUUUUAACUCUCCAUGUAGAGAUUCCGUGUCACCACCCAAAUCCUUAUUUUCUCAAAGACCCCAAAGGAUGCGCUCUCGUUCAAGGUCCUUUUCUCGACACAGAUCGUGUUCACGAUCACCGUAUUCCAGGUCAAGAUCAAGGUCCCCAGGCAGUAGAUCCUCUUCCAGGUCCUGCUACUAUUAUGAGUCAAGCCACUGCAGAUACCGCACACACCGAAAUUCUCCCUUGUAUGUGAGAUCACGUUCAAGAUCACCCUGCAGCCGGAGACCCAGGUAUGACAGCUACGAGUCCUAUCAGCAUGAACGGCUGAAGAGGGAGGAAUACCGCAAAGAGCACGAGAAACGGGAAUCCGAAAGGUCCAAACAGAGAGAGAGGCAGAGGCAGAAGGCAAUUGAAGAACGCCGUGUGAUUUAUGUUGGCAAAAUCAGACCUGACACAACACGGACAGAACUGCGGGACCGCUUUGAAGUUUUUGGUGAAAUUGAGGAGUGUACUGUAAAUCUGCGGGAUGAUGGAGAUAGCUACGGAUUCAUCACCUACCGUUACACCUGCGACGCCUUUGCUGCUCUUGAGAAUGGAUACACCCUGCGCAGGUCGAACGAAAGUGACUUUGAGCUGUACUUUUGUGGACGCAAGCAAUUUGCCAAGUCUAACUAUGCAGAUCUAGAUUCAACCUCAGAUGACUUUGACCCUGCUUCCACCAAGAGCAAGUAUGACUCACUGGAUUUUGAUAGUUUAUUGAAAGAAGCUCAGAGAAGCUUGCGCAGGUAACGUGUCCCCUUGGCUGAGGAUGAGAGAGAGAGACGGUGAAUACCUCACGGACAGCGCGUCCUUCCCUGACGGACUAUUGCAAGUCACACUUAGAAAUCUCUCCUACUUUACACUUUCUGUACAAAAGCAAAACAAAACAACAACAAUACAACAAGAACAACCACAGCAACAACAACAAUGGUUUACAUGAACACAGCUGCUGAAGAGGCAAAAGACAGAAAAAAAAAUAUAUAUAUAUAUCCAGUAAGCACAUGUGUAUUCAUGGGUGUCAGCUUUGCUUUCCCUGAAGUCUCUCGGUGACUGUGUGUAUGUGUGUGUGUGUGCGUGUGUGUGUGCGCGCGCGUGUGUGUGUGUGUACAUGUGAGCACUGGGAACACCUGAGCAGAACGUGCAAGGGCAAUCCACUUCAAAUGGCAGCAGUUCCAUGAAGACACACUUAAAACCUAGAACUUCAAAAUGUUCAUAUUCUAUACAAAGGAAAUAUUAUAUAUAUAUAUAGAUAUAGAUAGAUAGAUAUAUCUAUAAAGUAAAAAGGAAAGAAAACUAACCAUCCAACCACAAACCACCCUAAAAUGACACUGCUGAUGUCCAGUAUCAGCCUCUCUACUGAUUUAUAAGAAAGUGCAAAACCAACCUGAAGCAAGCUUUCUCUCGUAACACAAUGACUGACAAUCCCGAAGGAAACCACAGGUUCCACCGAACUAAUAUCUUCUGUCUCUCUUUCUCUGUCUCUAUCUCUCCCUCUUUCUUUCCCUUUCUUCUUCUUUUUUCUUUUGCCAUGGAAUCUGGGUGGGAGAGGAGACUGCAGGCACCAGAAUGCUAAACUUUCCUAACAUUUUGAAGUUUCUGUAAUUCAUCCUGUGUCCUGACACCCAUGUAAAUGUCCAAAAUGUUGAUCUCUUCCACUGCAGAUUUUAAAGGCCUUGUCACUGGUCAAGCAGGCAGCGUGUUCAGUGGCUCCCUCGAAGGAGCGGACAUGGUGUUAUAAAAUGGAUGAGAGUCAAGGAGAACUCUCUGGGUGUGUUCCGAUAGUGUAACUGCUGCAUUCUCUGAUGUAGUUAAGUAUUUACAGAUGUUAAAUGGAGUAUUUUUAUUUUAUGUAUAUAUUAUACAACGAUGUUCUUCUUUUGUUACAGCUAUGCACUGUAAAUGCAGCCUUCUUUUCAAAAACUGCUCAAUUUUUCUUAAUCAAGAAUAUUCAAAUGUAAUUAUGAGGUGAAACAAUUAUUGUACACUAACCUAUUUAGAAGCUGAACUUACUGCUUAUAUAUAUUUGAUUGUAAAAAACAACAACAACAACAACAACCAAACAACACAAAAGACAGUGUGUAUGUCCAUUGAGUGCAACUACAACAAAUGAUGCUUUACGUAAUUCAUCCCUUGUUAGGUAAGCUUCGAUCUAAGCAUCUUGUCAAAACAAAUAUCCUAGUCCCCUAAAGGUAUUAACUACUUCUGCGAUAUUUUUCCACAUUUUCUUGUUGCUUGUUUUUCUUUGAAGUUUUAUACACUGGAUUUGUUAGGGGAAUGAAAUUUUCUCAUCUAAAAUUUUUCUAGAAGAUAUCAUGAUUUUAUGUAAAGUCUCUCAAUGGGUAACCAUUACAAAAUGUUUUUAUUUUCUCUAUCAACAGUAGUUUUGAAACUAGAGGUCAAAAAUCUUUUUAAAAUGCUGUUCUGUUUUAAUUUUUUGUGAUUUUAAUUUGAUACAAAAAUGCUGAAGUAAUAAUUACAGUAUGAUUUUUACAAUAAUUAAUGUGUGUCUGAAGACUAUCUUUGAAGCCAGUAUCUCUUUCCCUUGGCAGAGUAUGAUGAUGGUAUCUAUCUGUAUUUUUUAUAGUUAUGCAUCCUGUAUAAAUACUGAUAUUUCAUUCCUUUGUUUACUAAAGAGACAUAUUUAUCAGUUGCAGAUAGCCUAUUUAUUAUAAAUUAUGAGCUGAUGAAAAUAAUAAAGCCAGUGGAAAUUUUCUACCUAGGAUGCAUGGCAAUUGUCGGGUUGGAGUGUAAGUUGUUCAUUUGGGAUAAACUCGGCUUUUGCAGAAGCAGUGUGCCUAAUUGCACUAGCAUGGCCUCUGACGUGACCAUCAUGUUGUUUCUUGAUGACCUUGCUUCUGCUAAAUUCAAUAACAAUAAAAAAAUACCUUCAGAAAACAACCUUCGUUCUGAGCAUCCGGAUUUCAUCUGAGUCUGGAGUCCCUGCUAUGGAAUUCACUAAAGUGUGGAAGUGUGUAUUCAAGUUUCCAAAUUGAGAUUCGGUUGCUGUUGGCUGACAUGACUUUUCUGGAGGAUGUGCGAUACCUACUACUUACUCGUUCUUUUUUUUCCUUUCUCUCACCUAACACAAUCUUAUAAGAUGGGUUUCACCCCCAGGCCAAGGCAGCUCAUUUGAUAGCUGCGUUCAUUUAUCACCAGCAUAUUGUGUUCUGAGUGGAUCCACCGUCUGUCCUGUCGGAUGCUUGCUCGAGUUUUUUGGCUUCUUAUUUCUAAGUAGAUAGAAAGCAAUAAAAAAUACUAUGAAAUAAAAGAACUUUGUUCACAGGUUCUGCGUUACAAUAGUAACACAUCUUUAAUCCGCCUAAUUCUUGCUGUUCUGUAGGUUAAAUGCAGGUAUUUUAACUCUUUGUGAACGCCAAACUCAAGUUUACAGUCUUUCUUUCUGAAUUUUGAGUAUCUUCUGUUGUAGAAUAAUAAUAAAAAAGACUAUUAAGAGCAAUAAAUUAUUUUUAAGAAAUCGAUAUUUAGUAAAUCCUAUUAUGUGUCCAAGGACCUGAUGCGUUCUCUAUUUUGCCUUUCAAUAUAUGUGAUCCAAUUUUAAAUACAUUCUUUAUUUUUUUCCCCUGAAUUGUUGACAUGAGUCAAAUAUUUGGUUUAUUUCCUUAUGUAUCAAAAGGUAACACUAUAGAUUUCAUGGUGAGGAUUAAUUAAUUAAUCUCCCGACUUUGGGCCUGAGGAAUAUUGUUCCAAUGAAGAGUCUUUUCUUGGUGGACAUCAAAUUACAUCUAAAAUUAGUGGAGCUUUCGUAUCUUAUGCAGACACUGUGGGUAGCCCAUCAAAAUGUAAGCUGUGUUCUUUUUAAUUUUUUAAAUGUUUUUGAGGGGGGAAAGAAUAUUUCAAUAGGGCACAUGCACCCCAUUAUCAUUGGAGGCAAAUUUCGGUGUUGAUCUAUAGGAUUUUUUUUUUUUUUGAUGACUAUGGGCCAUUGCCUUCGUGCUGUGGUUAAGUACCACAUCAACAAUUUUGGUGACUGAGAACUGGUGCUUUUGAAAUGUGGGGGUUUUCAAAAAAGAGGUGAAGCAGAAAAUAAUUCUUCCAGUGCAACACGAUCCUUUUUUUUUUUUUCUUGCUAAAUAAACAACUCUGUGAACAAUAGUUGGGCUGUCAACAUUCAAGCAGCGGAGAGGAAACUUUGCACUAUUGGGGGUAUGAUGCUUGGGUCAGCUGGGAAAAAAAAGGAAGCCUUUUCAUGCCUUUAGAUGUGAGCUUACAGUAGGUAAUGAUUAUGUGUCCUUUUUUCUGAUGGCUGUAACGAGAACUUCAAUCACUGUAGUCUAAGACCUGAUCUAUAGAUGACCUAGAAUAGCCAUGUGAUAUAAUGUGAUGAUUCUAAAUUUGUACCUAUGUGACAGACAUUUUCAAUAAUGUGAACUGCUGAUUUGAUGGAGCUACUUUAAGACUUGUAGGUGAAAGUGUAACACUGUCGGUUGAACUUAAUGCUGAAGGGAAAGUGAACGAUGAGUUGAGCUCUGGCUGGGCUCUUUUUCCACCUGCCAAUUCUACAUGUAUUGUUGUGGUUUUAUUCAUUGUAUGAAAAUUCCUGUGAUUUUUUUUAAAUGUGCAGUACACAUCAGCCUCACUGAGCUAAUAAAGGGAAACGAAUGUUUCAAACCUA